UGUUGUAGGACGUCAGCUGCAGACAAACAACACACAAGAAGCGAUGUUAAAUUCUCAUACUUCAUGAAGUGUCUGUGCAUCGUUCUCAAUGCGUCAAUAAGGAGACCAAUAUCGCGGGAAGACCGUGGCGUGUUGAAGCCAUAUCCUUGUGGCGUAAUAUAUAGCUCUUAUGAGUAUUGAAGCGAGAACAAUCCAGAUAUCAAGGGUGAAUGACCAGCGCAAGUCUCUAAAAAUUCCACCAGUCGUAUUGCAACUUUCCGAAGUGAAAUAUUCGUACAAGAGGGCUCUCUAAGCUAAACUUCACAUUUCAAAAGCGAUUAUUACCUCGAUGUCGGAAGAGAAGAAGGCGAGCGACGCCGCGGGUGUGGAGCUGGUUUCAGGCAGUAUCAGCCUCCCGUCGGCCGAGGAGAACACGCUGGAUGAGCCCGUGUCUACCACCAUCGUACGCUGCAGUUAUCUCGCUCCUUGCCCGCCUCUUUCCCCAGUAUUUAACGCGUUCUGACUAUUCGACGCGUGUCUGAGCAGCUCCGCGACCUGCGGCUGGUCGGGGGCAAGUUGCGUGUGGUUCUAAUGCCAAGCAACACGUCAGAGGAGACACUCAAGGCGCUGCGGGACUGGGACCUCUGGGGCCCGCUAUUGCUGUGUCUAACGCUCUCCAUCAUGUUGAGUGUGACAGCCCCCGCGGCGCAGUCCGCCAUGGUGUUUACAGGAGUGUUUGUCGUGAUCUGGGUGGGCGCUGCCAUCGUCACUAUCAACGCGCAGCUACUUGGCAGCUCCAUAUCUUUCUUCCAGAGUGUGUGCGUGUUGGGAUACUGCGUGUUUCCGCUGAAUAUCGCGACGUUGGUGUGCAUGCUGGCCAAAGUGGUGGUCUCGCAUAUCUUGCUCCGAAUGAUCAUUGUCAGUGUGGGUUUCCUCUGGUCGACACGAGCGUCGGUCGUAUUCAUGUCCAAAUUGGUGCCACCGAAGCGUAAGGCAUUGACGGUGUACCCAGUUCUGCUUUUCUACCUGUUCAUCAGCUGGAUGGUGCUGAUUCAAUAAACGAAAAAAAAAAUGUUUUCGUUGGUAAAAUAAGGUGAUCAUCUGUCAAACAACUUUUAUUGCAACGGUGAAUUUUUAAAGUUUUUUUUUUCUUACUAAGUAGUAAAACAAAAAGACUUUCACUGUAGUGCAUGUAACACCACCUCCAGACGCACGUGCGGCCGCCUCCUACUUGGAAACAUUGAAGAAAUUGUAGAGCACCGCUGUGACCUCGUUUUGUGCAGUGCAUACGUCCACAACGUCGAUUCGUUUUUUAUCAUUUGGCACAAGCUGCACCGCCGCAACUUGUUUACUCUUCGGAUUAUUCGCGAUGCGUGGAGACUCCGUGUGUAUCCCCGUAGCAAAUGCCACCAAGUGAGCCAGAUGCAGAGCCAGCGAAGGCUUGCGGAGUACAGUAUCACCCAUGUUGAUGACAGUCACGAGUGGAUCUUUGACCCAGUAAUUGCCGAGGUACUUUCGGAAACGCGCGCAAAAACCACAAUUAUCGUGACAAUUUCCCGCCAUUUUGUUGACGCAAAAUACCAGCACUUUGUCCAAGUGGUUCACGUCGCGAAAAGUAAUUGUGGUCUCGUACGUCACAGGCGCAUUGUUUGGGACGAAAAUGCCGACUCGCUCACGGGGUUUUGCAGGCUGCAGUGACAAUUUCAACUUGAUAACAAGCUCUUUUCUCUUGUCGCGCGUGGAGUCGAUCACAGUAAUGUCAGCGAUUCGCUGCAAUUGCAGUCGGAGUCUCAGUAUAUCGUCAUGUGUCAACGAUGGCUCUAGCAACGAAGCUGCAAACGGGAUCGAUGCCAACUUCCGUGGAAUGCGUCUCGGGUCGCUCGAAUCCUGACCCGUCCACUUCCUCAAGAAUCUUCGAUAAGCUGAAGAAGAAGCCGAACGAGGCAGCUCGCUCGUGGCUUUUGCUUGAAAAGCGACGCUGUCAGCCAUCGCAGCAAAUUGAGAAGUACGCAUGGGUUCAGGCUGGUCGAGCCGCUGGACUCCGGCUCGCUUGUAUUGCGCCCAAGUCGUUGAUGAUGUGAAGAUUGCCUCAUGUAGAUUAUGGGGCGGUCCAGAAGAGAAACACGCGAUUUGAUGCCGGCUUUCAGUCAAGCCAUUCAUAGAGUUUCCGUAUGCCAGCGUUCGAGAAAUCUGUACCUUUACAAUGCAAAGAUUCGAACAGUAGUUUUUGUAGAUCGGAUCAAUUAUUCACAGUGUCCC